UGGUAAAUACCAUUUCCAUUUGGUUAUCCGCUUGAAUUUGAUUAUACAUUUACAAAUGUCAUGAGAAAUUAAUAGUUUUUUUUGACAGAGGUAGAUUUAGGGGACGGGGGUGCGAAAAAUUUACGUGGAUCAGAUUCCAUCAAUCAAAAUGGUUGAUAAAGAUACGUUUUUGACGAACACACGAAAAGAUUACAAAUGGCCGUAUCCAAAACCCAUGGUGCCUCGGUAAGGAAUAUUCGUUGUCCUUUAGCGGGUGAAUUUUUAAGUACCUAAAGUACUAGGAUUCAAGGAUACAAAAACAUUAAAAAGGAUAAUAUAGUAUAGCUUUAGUUCAUCUGACCACAGACGGCCUUCAAUAGACAGGUGUUUCGUGCUAUUUGGCAACUACUCAGUCUGUCAGGUUGUAAGUAGAGUUUUGGUACCCAUUGCCCUUUCCAGGCCUACCCAACCUCCUCUCAAAACCAAGCCCAUCAAUUUUUACGUAGCCCAACUGGUUGAACCAUAUUGCCACUGCGAUGCCCACCUUUACGAACCCGAAAUGGGCAGAUACAAGAAACUUGCCCAGAAAGAAGCAUCACUAUAUCAAAAGCUGGAAGAACUUAAUCAAAGGAUGGCAAUUUUAUCCAGUGAUAUCCUUGAUCAUCCAUGUGAUGACGAUGACGAAAAGAUGGAAACUAUUUAUCAAACUGAUUACAUAAAGAAGGGGAUGCCACUGACCAAGUACCGUAAGCUGGUGGCUGCUAUAGAUUCUCCAGUAGGAAUACCAGUAAAGGGAGAAGUAAUUGGCACUGGAAGGGGUUACAGGGACCCCACAAGGUUCAGAUAUGCUGCUUUCCCUAAGCCUACUAUUGAUGUUUGCCCGCAAGUCGAGUUUACCAGAACCCCUACGUUGGUGGACGAAUGGUUUGCUCCAAGAACUGGCACUACAGAAUAUCACGACACUUUUAGCAAGAUGGGCUUGAACAUCAUCAAGAGUAGGCAACAAUAUAUGGAACCUUUGCCAUCUUCUAGAAGGAGAGCUGAUGAUCCUUGUUCAUAAUCUUGUUGUAGAAUUUAACAUUUUAUGGAGUAUUUGAGAUAUCAGGGAAAUAUGUAAGCAGGAAUAAAUAAAACCCAGAGCCUUGGUGCUCCUUCCAAAUCGUCGUAUGAGCUUUUUCCCUUCCAAGAUCUCAUCUGCAUUUAUAAAGUGCUGCAGCUUGUGAGCUUAUUGUAGGUA